UGUCCCAACUUGUCAACACGGCGUGGUAAGAGAUAUUACGCACAAACAACCGUAGGCUAGAGAAGACGAUUAGUAAUUUCACACCAACUUCUGAACAAACUUUUUUUGUUGUGUUCACUGGCAUACUUUUAAUGAGACACAUUUGGCUGUGUUGUAUCUGUCGUUAACACUCACCAUCACCAGUUGAAAAUUGGUGGAACUUCAAAUGAACCGUUUUUCUUUUUCUGGAAUAGCCAACGACCAACGCCGGACUACAAACCUAUCACAACAUUGUUGCUGUUCCUGGGGUUGUGCUCUCCAGCUGUAGCGGACUAACGUUAUAGUGGUGCGCUCGUUAUACAGCUCGAAUCCGACGUCUGUAACUGUAGCCAAUGACUGUAGCCUUUCUCCCCAAUAAUAGUACAGUAUCUGCCGCCAGUAUCUGCCGUCAGUAUCUUCCGUCGGUACCUGCCGUCAGUAUCUGCCGUCGGUACCUGCCGUGUCAGCGGCACACGCUCUGCGGGCAGAGUGCUGACGGACUUGUCGCGCCACGAACGAAAUCCUCCCGGUAAUACAUAGGCUUGGAGGCCAGAGAUUCUGUGGUCAGUCAUGCCUGUCCCCCCUCCUCCCCCUCCCCCUGCACCCCCUCCACCUCCACCACCCUGUACUGCUCACCCACCACAGUCUCGGCCAGACCCUCCUAGUCUCCAGAGUAUGAGUGUUGGAGGAAGAGGAGGGAGGAACGCCCUGUUAGCAGACAUCCAGAAAGGAGCCAGGUUAAAGAAGGUUUUACAGGUCCAUGACCGUAGCGCACCAGUUGUCGACAAGCCCAGGGCCAGUGGCUGUCUGUCCCAGGACCAUCCCCAGGGAGGAUCAGGAGGAGGGGUGGAGGCUGUGAGGCCCUCUCCAGGGGGCUUGUUCUCUGGCGGGUUCCCCGUCCUCAGACCUGCUGGACAGAGAGCCUUCACAGGGAAGAAUGUGGUUUCACGCUCUAGCUCAUCAACGGGACUGAAGCCUCAGUGGAAUCCUCCACCGACAUCGUCAGACAGUGGCCACACCCCCGAUCCCUACCAUAGGCCGACAGAGAGAGGAAGCCCUUCCCACCGCCCUGCCCACUCAGCCUCCGCCCCUCCCUCCCCCUCUCACAGCAAACCUCCCUCUCCAUCACUGCCCCCACCAUCACUCCUCCUCCCCCUCCUCCCUCAUUCCACGAGCGUCCCAGCAGCAGGCCUCCCCCCAUCCCUACCGUCCUCCCCCUCCUCUCCCUAACCCAAGUCACCAAGCCCUACCUGGCUCCCCAUCCAGCACCCUCACCCCUUACCCCAGCCCUCUACCCCUCCUCCCUCCACGCCCCCAUCCUCCCUCCCGAACCGGAACUCUGGUUUCUUCUACCCGCCUCCUCCCUCCCCAUCCUCUCAUCCUCCCUCCCCCCUCCUCCCUCCCCGUCAUCUCAUCUUUCCCCCUCCCCCCUCCCCGGUCGUCUCCUCUCUCCCUCCUUCUCCCUCCCCCAUCCUCUCCUCCCCUUCCUCUGAAUUGAGGUUCUCUAUCUCUGGUCCCACGGCCCCCCUCCUCCUCCUCCUCCCUCCACCUCCCGCCUCAUUCACCCCCAGCUGCCCCUCCUCUCUGCCCCUCCACCACCCAAGAUGCCCCUGUGCCGUCCCCUGCCAUGACCCCCGGUGCCCCCUCUGCCCCCCUCCUACCCCUGCACUGCACCCAGUCGACGACCACCAGCUGUGCCCAGGAGUGCAGGUGUGGGAAGGUCGUUGGCUUCCCCCCCCGCCCCACCGGCCCGCUCCCCGUCCACUGAGCUGACCAACCGGAUCCCUCCCCCUCAUCCUCCUCCCCUUCCCCCGUCCUUAAUGAGGAAUGGACACAGUCCUCCUCCUCCUCCACUCCCCCCCUCCUUAAUGAGGCAUGGACACAGCCUGAGCUUGCACAGCCU